AUGUGUGUAUUAGCUUGUGCGCCUCCGGUUGUCGCCACGCCGGUGGACGUGGACGAUGUCACAAAGGACUUGGAGCAUCUCAAAGUGACUGGCCCUAACCGAGACACGGGACAGCUGCAUCGGUCCAUGUAUGUCUCAUGUGCACGCGCGUCUCUUUCACUUGAUGCAGGACCCCGAUGCAGUUGACGUGUCGGAUGCAGAGGACACCAUCGGUGGUCUGCUGGGCAGCGAGGGCGAGGAACCACCCAUACCACCGCCCGUCGAGUCGACUGAGGACUUCAGCUCUCGGCUCCUCAAAGCCAUUAAUGUCGCCAAAGUGGCCCGCAAAGACGACAUGGCCGGGCUGGCAAAGCCCAAUGCGACACAGGAAGAGACCAAGGCACGAAGGAAAGCCGUCGUGAAGGCACUCAUGCGCAACCUGCAAAAGGUAGAUGACGAGACACACGGGUGUGGACAGCACCCAAUUUCUCUGUCCUGUGUGUGGCUGGUCAGGCUGCUGUCGAUCGGUCGACGAAGUUGAGUGAUGUGUCGAGCAGCCCGGCUGAAGUGCUGUUGUCCGCCGUCACGCUGGUCACCACCGUCGAGACGGCCGAUGAGACAGGUAUUCAGCAGAACAAAGAUUGAUACACAUAAUCAUACGACACGCUGUCUUGUGUGUACAGAGAACGACGACAUGGACACGGCCGAGGCUGGAGUCGCGACAUUCAAGGCUCUCGUGAACGUCUCGGCGGACACCAUCUCCCAGCCCGACGACACUCUCGCCAAUGCCGUCAAGGAAGUGCAGGGCCUUCAGUACUAUCUCGAUGGGGCGGCCGGCCUCCUCAGACAGCUCAACAAAACAGCAAAGGCGAACCGACACCUUCGGCGGCUGACACCGGCUGCCAAGGAGAGCUAUCACACGUUGUCAUCCGAUGUCAUCGGGACCACGGCCCAGCUCGCCGACAGCCUCGCCACACGUGCAGCCGCACACUCAAACGACACGGCCGAAGUGGCGGGCGCCAAGACCCGGCUGAAGGUUGUCCGCACAGACACGGCCAGUGGGGCCACACUCACGAUCAGGGACACCAAUGUAGCUGUGGACAUGCCGUCAUUGCCAUCCAUCCCGCCGGCCGUGUGUGCCGAUGGCGGCGGGCUGCGCGAGAGUGUGCAGAUGACCUUCUGGGCCGACGACCCAUAUGCAUAUGCCGCUCAGGAGGAGGUGCCAAUGGCCAACCUGACCGCUAACGACACUCUGAGGAACGCAGCGCAGGGCACUUUGGCUGUGUCGGCCCGACAGUGCGGCAGCGACCUGCAGCUGACGGCGGGUGACGUGAAGCAAGAGCCCUUCCGGCUGUUCAUUCCUCGCCCCUCAGCAGACAGCGUGCCGGCGGCUGGCAAUGUCUCUAUCAAUGGGACGGAGAGUGCGUAUCGUGUGGACGUGGUGUGUGGCUUCUGGAACACAUCGACGCACCAGUGGGACACACAAGGUCAGCUACCCACGUGUGGCGCACGGAUCAAUCGGUCGACCAAUGAAGAAAUGGGUGUGUUUUGUGUAGGUUGUGAUGUGAAUGUGGCUGUGUCGAAUGAGACGACCCUCUGCUGCGUGUGCACCCACCUCACACAGUUCGCGAGCCUCUUCAAGAGCGUGAUCCGAGAGAGCAACGUCGACAGUGCACUGACCGAGACGUCUAUCAAGAGCAUGGCUGACCCAAACGCGUGGGUGAAGAAUGUCGCGGGGGCGUUCGUGGUGGUUAUGAUAGGUAUGGACAUAUAUCACCAGCAAUGCCUCUUGUCAUCCUUCCUUACAGACAUCCCUCAAUCUGUAUGCAGGCAUACACGUGGUGUGUUUAGCAGUCUCCCUGUUAGUCGACUGCAGGAACCCGUUGAGCGACCGAAAACCAAAUAGCACGCACGCAUGGUUGUGUGAAUGCGGUCACUCUGUCUUAUGUGUGUUGGUCGUAUGUUCAGGGUGACGGAUCAAAUCCUAAUCGACCUUUGGUCUGCCAUUUGCAUUGCAAUGCAUCCAUCCUGUCUGUCUGUCUGUCCAUUAAUCCAUUCAGGAUGACAGACGUUUUGCUUGAUUUGAGGCAUCGAGGUCGCAGGAGGCUGCGCGAGAGCAUGCGGCAGUGUUACGGGCGUUGUUAUCAUCCCUGGUUGUGCGACUUCCUCAUCUGUCGCAUCAUUGGCGGCCUCUACAUGCACUGCCGCAGACGCGAACCCACGCUGCACCUCCAAGAGCUACGCACGAUCAGGUCGAUAGUUGCAGACAAGCCAAGUAUGACAGAUACACUUAUCUUGACUCAUACACACAUCUGUCAGGGCUGUCCGCUCUGACCUGAAUGCGGAGAAAGACACUCCAUCUUUAUCGAGUGUUCUCGAGCCAGGAUCUCGGUCACGCCUCCACAGCGACAUGAGCGCGAGCACCGGACGAUCGGCGUUCAGGCCACGACUGAUGCGCUCGAUGUCAAGGUGACGCACUAGCUAGGCAGCUCUCAUUCUGACUGCCGGCUGUCCCAAUCUCUUAUUGUGCAUGUGCACAGGCUUUCCCGCCAGCUAUCACGCCAGUUGUCGGUAUCCGAACAGUUAUCACCAGGGGAAAGGGGGUCACGUUCAUAGGGCAUCCUGACUUACCUCCCUUUUUUUAUUCGGAUGCAUUGAUCUGUGUUCAAAGGUGCUCUUCGGAUCCCAUACACCCCGAGCCCCUGAAAGAACCCCCACAGAUGAGUAUCGACGCCGCUUGUCCCGCAGGAUAUUGCCGCUGCACGACUUCAUCAAGUCGAGCUACCGCAGACAUCGGGCUAGCGUGACCAGCGAGGCCGCAGUGACUGACGCAGACGCAACACCGGCCAAAUCUUUCCUCCCGCUGAAAUACUCACGGACGAAAUCCAAUGUGCACUUGCACUUCCUGACGUUGGAGAAGGAGGCAACACCCGCACCGGCCGCUAUCGACGGCACUAUCGCGGGUCCCGCACAGCUGGAGGAGACGGGACAGCCCGCCAACCAUGACAAGCAAGAGGCGGAACAAGAGCAACAGCAGCAGCAGGUGCCGAUGCCGGAUGCUGACCCCAGCGCAGCCCGCAAGCGCAUCAAGAAGAGCGUGUCACUUGCGCUCAGCGGUGGAUCAGAGGAGGAGGAUCAGCCUGAGGACGAUCGCUCGCCCCUCGUCUCGGCUACUCCAGCCGCUGUGUGGCCACCACACAACCUGUCGGCCACGGCGGCGGCGCAAGACCACCCUAAGGCUGACAAGGGAUUCCCCAAGGGCAGAUGGACCAGCAUCCUGAGUUUCGCAUCCUCCAGGCGUCCCAGCACUCCACAAAAGGAACCCAUCACUCUGAUCAAGUAGGUGUGUAUGGGGGUACUCACGCAUUGUCCCUUUGACCAUCUGUCUGCUGCUUCUUUACACACACAUAGGAGUGGAGUACUAAGGGAAGCUUUGCGCAAACGGUUGCAGCGCGAGCUGCAGCGGCAAAUGGCGGCUGCUGUGCUCAUCCAAAGGACUUAUAGACGCAAGUGGAAGCCGAAGAUAGAGACCACCAGACACCCCAUAAGGGCCAUGAUGAUCGGGAAGGCCAAUUGGACGAGGCAGGCUCCACAAGGCAGCUUCUGUACAAGCCGGGGCCUGAGCUUCAUCUCCUCGGCAGGAAUGUCUGGCCAGAGGACGCAGGAAGCGCUCACUUACAGCGGCUACGAGGGGCAAGCCACUUCGACGACAGAAGAAGGCCCGCUGCCAUUGCCACCUUCGGAGCCCUCGCAUCACCCGGGAGUGGAACAAGCUGGGCCAUCAUACACCGAUCUGCUAUCGCCCGUGUCGUUCCACUGUUACUCGACUGACUUCUCUCAAUCCUCGUCGAUGGAUGUGCCGACGGAGGAGACGGCUUGGCCGCUGAGUGAGCCGCAUGAGACCCCUUUACCUACGUGGCAGGGGUCCCGGGGCAGAAAGGGCCGCACCAGCGGGCCCCAACCCCAGCCCAGCGGGCUACCCGACGAGGGCGAGGACGAUGGCGUGCCUCUUGACAUCGGGGAGAGCAUCAAGAGGCCAUCUAUCAAGAGGCAGGUCACUAUAGCCGAGCCCUCCCCUACCGAGCCUGCUCGUCGAAAGAGUGUCACCGAGCUGUGGGGCGAUCUCAACGCUGAAGUAAGCAGCACUUGGAAUCGGGGAUGAAUUGCACGCUGAAUUAUGAAUGUGUGCUGGGCAGGUCGACCUACUAGUAACGCGUUCGCUGCGGAGAAUAGAGUAUGUGGAGUGGAGUGCCCCUAAAAUGUUCAAAGAGGUCUGUCGACGCGACCAUCCCCUCCUGUACGUUCAAAGAUGCACAACACACAGACAAAUGGCAGAUGGAAGGCAGUGCGUACACACUCGGUGGGUGGCUGAUCACGUGUCUUUAUGAAAAUGCAGCCGGCUCUUUAUCUUGAAUCCAAGGUACGGGCUGAGAAGGCAUCAUGGACAUGACAGUCGAUAUGUACUCUCUGGCUCUAUGCAGGUAUACCGCCGUCCAGCGGACAUUCUUCUUCGGCAGUGUGACGCUAGGUAUGACGAAUGAGUUGAUGCACAUACACUGCCCGGCAGCAGUUUUUGUCCGGCGUGAAUAUUCGCUAACCUCGACUGUUGAUGUGUUUGUUUGACGCAGGUAUACUGAUGGUGACCGCAAUGUUUUUCGAUCAGACGACCCAGACCCAGCGGGACACCGAGGUUGUGCUCAUGACUUUUGAUUCGGGCAAUAUCGCCUGGAGGUUGACUAUGCGGCAGCUUGCCGUGCUCCUGUGGUGUGUCGUGCUGUCGAAGCCGAUGCCAGUGGCCUUAUUCUUUUUGUUUCGGUGCUAAACAAACAUAGACGGCACGCGCAGCCUCUGUCUGUCUGUCUGUCUGUCUGUCCGUAUGCGUUGUCAGGAAGACUGUACCGUACAUCCCCUUCGCCCCUCGUGCAAGCCGUGAGUGGUGGACACACAGCCAUCCUGGGUCACACUCACGUAUCUAUCUGCAACUUCUUUUUUCUCGGCCUGUUUGGCGGCUGCUUACUGCAGGCGUCGGCUCUCACCCGGCAUUCCGCGCAACCCAGAAGUCGGCCGGCUGGCUCCCUCACUUGUCAGACCUCCUCUCGCCCCAGAUCUCUGUCAGGUCCCUAAAACGCGUAGCCGACGUGGCAGGCAGACACUCUGGUGAGUGACAUGAUGAAACCGACACAUCGUCCCCCCAUGCACAAGGGACGACAACGUAGACAUGAGUAAUGAAGGAAUGACUAAUGGUCUCCACCAUACAGAGGCCACUUCUCGCUCGAUGCGAAAAUCGCAGUUCUGAAGCGAUGGCGAGUUAAGGAGCGGGUCGGCAUUGUGAUCGCGCUUCUAUACUGGCUGGCGUGCAGCUGCUUCUUGUUGCUAUUCGCGUUCUCGGAGCGGCUGGCAGAAGGAACGGAGGGGCGUAGCAGACACUUGGUGUAUCAAGAUUUUGUAUUGGCCUGCUCGGGUAAAUGAGACACAGGUGUGCACAACGCAUAUGUCAUGCAUUUUCCUUCUGACCAGUGGAGGCAUUGACGGAGUUCGUCUUCGAGCCGCUGGUCCGGCUGGAUACUUUGCAUUGAAGGAGAGGUCCGGCAAAUGAAACCUUCGUGCUGUCUGCAGGUGUCUUUCAUCGUGCUGUCGCUGCUGUUGAUGCUGGUGCUCCGCGUCGAUACAUUCGAUUGGGUGGUGCUGGUGUGUCCCGGUAUGUACCCCAAAGGACGGUACUGACGAGGCUAUCUCCGUCAUUGUGUGUGUAGGCUGGUUCGAUUUCACAUUCGUCCGGGUAUGUAACCCAAAAGACGGUACUGACGAGGCUAUCUCCCUCAUUGUGUGUGUAGGCUCAGUCACUGCACGAGUUAACUAUUCAGCAGCGCGCAAUGAGAGACGCAUAUGGUCUAACCAUGGGAGUUGUGGGCUUUGCCAGGCUGAACAUGGGCGCAGAGGCAUUUACUGCGUUCUGAGGUCUUGAUCAUUCGUUAAGCUCUUGCACUUCCUUCCUCGGGUUUUGUGGGUCCCUGCACAAAGGCGUAGUAAAACAAAAUGAAUGAGGGCUGGCUGCAUAGGGGCGUAUGGUCUCUUUUUCCGUCCCUUUUUUUUCAUGUAUGUAUGUAUGUAUGUCUCUUUUUCGAAGUAUCUUCUUGCACUUCCAUCUUCAAGUUCAGAUUUGUGGCUGGCUGCACAAAGGCGUAUGGCAAAUAAGCACCCUCUUUUCCGGAUGAGGGAGCGUGUGUCGCACUUCACCCAACCCCGUCCAGCGACCCUCAUCCUGCGACGGCGGGCAUGCAAUGCGAAAGGGAAGUCUGCGCCGAGGAUGUGACUGCCGGAACAACAACGCACGUGGCU